AUGGAUGACACUGCUAUCAACAAGUCACCACCUAGAGGAGGAGAUCUAAUGGAUUAUGACAGAAGAGGAAGACCAGGAAACUGCUAUUAUGGCAUGGCUGGCUUCAGUGUAGAUGAAAUUUUGGAUUCUGCAAUAGAUAUAUGGAGCCCGUCACAGUGGCAGAUGACUUAUGAGCCACAGGGUGGCUCUGGAUAUGAUUAUUCUUAUGUAGGGGGUUGUGGCUCAUAUUGUGAUGUUGGUGGACCUAUUAUUACUACACAAGCAACUAUUCCCAAAGAUUUGACUGUAUCUAUUAUUGACAAAGGUGGUCAGUGGAUUAAACAAUUUCGGCAUGAGUUUGGAGCUUCAGUCAAAAUUGUUAAACCAUUAGAAGGAUCCAAAGAUCAGAUCAUUACCAUUACAGGAACACAGAAGCAGAUACAGAAUACACAGCAUUUGCUGAAGAACAGUGUGAAGCAGUAUGCACAUGUUGAAGGAUUCUAA